AUGGAAAAGGAGUUAACAAUUGCUACCCGCAUUUGUGCUGCAAAAAGUACCUACUGCUGGGAAAUUCGUCGUCAGUACGUGCUGGUGAUCCGUGACCGACGGACAGUUAAAUCCUCGAUAGUUCCUGACCCGCUGGGUGAACCAACACCCAAACCACAGUUGGAUUUACCACCCCUGCCACCGGGAACGAGUACAACAGAACAACCACAACCCCCACCUGUCCCAGCUCCUGCAGGUGAUCCCACCAUCUUACCAAAUAGCUAUGCUGGAGAACCCGAUGAGGAGGGUAGAUCGUCACGAGACUACGACAGCGAUCGUAGUCAGAGAUACGGUCCACCCUAUGAAAGUGAUGAUGCAUACUACCGCGAUCGAAAUCGAUAUGGCGAUCGGCCCUACGAUGAAAAUUACGACACACCUGUAAAGUACAGCAAGGAUGAUGAUCGUUACUAUAACUAUCGCGGUCAGGGAGGAUAUCCAGGAGCAGGGCCGUACAAUAAUGAUGAUGAACGUUACUACAACAGUCGGGGACGCUAUCCAAACCCUAAUCCCUACAGCAAUGACGACGAUCGUUACUACAAAACAAAUCCAUACAAUGAUGAUCGCUAUAGGGAUGAUCGCUACAAUGACGAUCGCUACAGAGAUGAUCGCUACAGAGACGAUCGUUACAGGGAUGAUCGUUAUAGGGAUGAUCGUUACCGAGAUGAUCGCUACAGAGAUGAUCGCUACGGAAACGACGGCUACAACCGGUACGAUGAUCCUGAGCGAAAGUACCAAGCUGCCAAUGAUCGUCUAAGUCGCUAUUUGGCUGAAAUUGAUCAAAAAAGCUCCGAUGAGUGCUUCCACAAUGUUGCAGCGCAGUGGAACUUCGAGACAAACGUCAAUGAGGCGUCGCAAUUGGAAGCACUCACCGCCCAGCAGCGCUAUUCUGAAUUUCAACGUGCCAUUUGGGACAGGAUGCGAUUUGUGGAUAGAAGUACAAUUUUCGAUGAUCACCUCUAUCGUCAAGUCAAUCUUAUGAGUAUCAUUGGGGCUAGUGCUCUGCCACCAGAUCAACUUGAUCGGGUAAUGAAGAAUUUUUAG